GACGUCGCUCCCAUGGCAACCGCAGAGCCUGCUCGCCGGGGCCCACCUCAGAGUUUGCGGUCUAAUUUCUAAGCUGGGCCCUACGCGGAGCUCGGACCCUGGGGCUGCAGAGCCACUAUGCCCAGUGAAACGCUCUGGGAAAUUGCAAAAGCUGAAGUGGAAAAACGGGAAAGUAACGGAAGUGAAGGUGAUGGAGCUGAAAUUGGAGAAAAAUCCGUUUUCUUCAUUGGCAGUAAAAAUGGGGGCAAGACUACUAUUAUUCUAAGAUCUCUUGACAGGGAUGAGCCACCAAAACCAACCUUAGCCUUGGAAUAUACAUAUGGAAGAAAAGCUAAAGGGCAUAACACACCAAAAGAUAUUGCUCACUUUUGGGAACUAGGUGGAGGAACUUCUUUAUUGGACUUAAUCAGCAUCCCAAUCACAAGUGACGCCUUAAGGACAUUUUCUAUUGUUCUUGUUUUGGAUCUUUCAAAGCCUAAUGACAUUUGGCCCACCAUGGAAAAUCUGUUGCAAGCCACAAAAACCCAUGUAGAUAAAGUGAUAAUGAAACUGGGAAAGACAGAUUCUACAGCAGCUUCUGAAAUGAGACAGAAGAUACGGAGUAACAUGCAGAAGGACCAUCCAGAUCGUGAAUUAAUUGACCCAUUUCCAAUACCUCUGGUCAUAAUUGGAAGUAAAUAUGAUAUUUUUCAGGAUUUUGACUCUGAGAAGAGAAAGGUAAUAUGCAAGACACUUCGAUUUGUUGCACAUUAUUAUGGAGCAUCAUUAAUGUUUACAAGUAAAUCAGAAGCUCUAUUACUAAAAAUACGUGGAGUUAUCAAUCAGUUAGCAUUUGGUAUUGGCAAAAGCAAAUCAAUAUGUGUGGAUCAGAAUAAACCACUGUUUAUCACAGCAGGAUUGGAUUCUUUAAGUAAUAUAGGGUCUCCUCCUGUUCCUGAUAAUGACAUUGGGAAGUUUCAUGCCCGUUCGCCAAUGGAGUUGUGGAAAAAAGUGUAUGAAAAGCUCUUUCCACCAAAGAGUAUCGACACACUAAAAGAUAUCAAGGACCCUGCAAAAGACCCCCAGUAUGCUGAAAGUGAAGUUGAUGAAAUGAGAAUUCAGAAGGAUCAGGAACUGGAACAGUACAAAAAAAGUUCUUCCAAGUCUUGGAAACAAAUUGAGCUGGAUUCUUGAACCUAACUCAGCUACAGUGUAUUUAUUUCCCAAAUACUGGUACAAUUCAAGAACAUGAACUCCCAGUGUGUAACCCUAUUCUUCUGAGUGUAAAUGUUGUGUCCGUUGAGCAUCUUGUCUACAUGGACUUUCAAUAAUAGCUGCUUCCCAACCUUAAAGAUGUCAUUUCUCAGUGCAAACACUUUAUCUAAUAAUAUUUACUUUUAAUUGUAUAAGUAAACUAAGCGGAAGUGAAAAAUAGCUAAUCUUUAAAAACAUUACAAGAGGUGUGCCUGAUGUGCUGUGUUCUCAGUUCAGCCAUUCCUGCAGUUUCUCAUUGUAACCCUCCAUAAAAUCACUGAGUGCUCUGGACCAGUGGUCUUCAUCAUCCAGCAUCUGUCCACCAUCCUCUCGAUGUCAUCAGGUAACUCAGAACCCUCACGUGGACAUGUGCACAUAACUAUGAGUUUUUAAAUAACAAUGAAAGCAUUCUUACCCAAUUCUUCAUGAUGCUUUGCUUUAACCACUCCCUUUUCUGCUACUUUUCUGCUAACUAUUCAGGAUUCUUUUUACUGAAUCCUUUAGCGAAUGUAAGCAUAAUUUUUUAACCGACCUAUUUUUCUCUCUAAAGCAAAGAAAACAAAUAUUACAGUCUCCAUAACUUUAUGAAGUAUUAUUAUCUACAUUUUGGACUGGCUUAGUCACAAUUUCUAAAUACCACAUGUCCCUACAACUUGGAAUAGCAUUCAAGGCCUCAUGGAUCCAAGAGCACAAAAGGAGUCUUAAUGGUUUAAAAGACUUCAGAUGUACUGUCAAGACAGAAACAGGAGGCAUUCUUAUUUCAGACAUUCAAUGCAGC